AUGGCUUACUAUUCCAAGAGUGACCCGGUCAAAUGCAGAGCUUUCUCCCAAUCCUUAAAAGGAGAAGCCCUGGAGUGGUACUACAACCUUCCUCCUAACACGAUAGACAGCUUCCGCACGGUCAUGACCAUAUUCAGGAAACAUUACGCUACCAACAGGAAAGACGGAGUAACCGCUGCAGAGCUUGUAAACCUUAAACAAGAGAAAGAUGAAUCCCUUCGAUCAUUCAUGCAGAGAUACAACGAAGCUGCUAGGCGAGUAAAAGGCGUCAACGAGGAGUUCAUCAUCAGCAAUUUGCCCAAUUCUCUAAAGCUGGGAUACCUCUCGGAACAUUUAUAUGCCAGGCUGCCUAAUUCAAUGGAGGAGCUCUAG